CAUCAGCAUCUUUGUUUACUAGCCACUCAUAGCUAGCUGCACGUCCUCUGCUUCAGCACUAGUUCUUUGUCGCUUUGGGUGUGCUGUUUAUCAUACAGGGUGUGUGAGUCCAGUGUGUGCUUUGCGGUUACCUAGCUGGAUUCUAAACAUGUCGGUAAAUGGUCCCGGAGACGACUGCACCGAUGCAAAACGAGGCGAUGGACUACGGUCAGAGGGCUCCACGCCUGCCUCUGCUCCCGUGGAAGUGGAUGCAAAGCCCGGUUCCCACAGCUUCAGAUACAGCCUGAAUUUCCCCAGCAUCGGCCAGUGCAUCAUCAUCAACAACAAGAAUUUUGACAGGAGAACAGGCAUGAAUCAGCGAAAUGGCACAGACGUGGAUGCAGCCAACUCCAUGAAAGUCUUUGCAAAGCUGGGUUAUAAAGUGAAGGUUUACAACGACCAGACAGUUGAACAGAUGAGGCAGGUUUUAACAGCUGUUUCCAAGGAGGAUCACAGCUGCUCAGCCUCUUUCGUCUGUGUUUUGUUAAGUCAUGGAGAUGAAGGUGUUUUCUUUGGAACAGAUGGCUCAAUAGAGCUUAAAAACCUCACAUCACUUUUUCGAGGCGAUCGCUGCAAAUCUCUGGCGGGAAAACCUAAACUGUUCUUCAUCCAGGCUUGCAGAGGUACAGAUCUGGAUGCAGGUAUUGAAACAGACAGUGUAGAUGACGAGACUACCAAGAUCCCUGUGGAAGCCGACUUUCUCUAUGCCUACUCCACAGCUCCAGGUUACUACUCCUGGAGGAACACAAUGACUGGGUCCUGGUUCAUCCAGUCUGUGUGUGACAUGAUCAGCAAAUAUGGGAAAGAAUUGGAGAUUCUGCACAUCAUGACACGUGUUAACCACAAGGUGGCAGUAGAGUUUGAGUCUAUCUCCAACUCACCAGGCUUCCAUGCAAAGAAACAAAUCCCAUGCAUUGUGUCAAUGCUGACCAAAGAGAUGUAUUUUUCUCCUUGAUGUCUGUACAUCAUAAGAUGCCAGUGUAGCCAGGCUUUGUGUGAGGCGACGGGCUUCUAUGUGCGUAUGUGGGAUCACAAAAGGGUUAUUGGGAACUGUUAUUUUCAUUUACAAUUUCUCACUGAAAAUAUGCUUGAAACCUCAGUUGACAGUUUUUUGGGAGAGUAAAGUGAUGAAGAAUUGCUGUCAUAUUUCAUAGGUUUGGCAUUAUAAGGUUUAUGUUAAACUGAUCAUGUCAUAAAUAAUGCCAUACACCAUAUAUGGCAUUAUUUAUCAGGCUGCCAAUUAUAGAUUCCUACAUUUCAUUAUGAUCACUGAGUUCACAUUUGAUUUUUUUUUUUUUUUUUUUUUUUACACCACUGGCAACUUUAACUAGAUGCAUAAAUUGAGACUAAGAAAUGAUGAACCUGUUGAUAAAAAUUUACAUUAUGCUGACAGAUAUGUUUUCGUUGUUAUAUGAUCAUGCAUGAUAAACACAAAGCAAAAGACAGCCUCAGUUAAUCAUGUGAUACCACUGAUCUCCUCUCCAAUACCAAGUGAAACUCAAGCUAGUUAUCACUGAUGGUGAUACUUUAUACUAAAGAAACUGGAGACAGUAUGCUGGCUCUCUGAAGUAGAAUGCUGGCCCUUUGAAAUAAAUGGCAGUGAAAUACACAAUGAAAUAAAUACAAAAAUGAGUCAAUACCUAUAUUUUAAUAUAUCUGUCAGCUGUCAAUCAAAACAAAUGACACUGAUGAUUAAAGGUCCGUCUUAACUCUGUUAUGCAUUAAAACAUACAGAUUAUUAGCAAUUGAACAGCCAUUUAAUCAUGACGGGUUUCAGAAUAAUAGAAGUGGCAGAUGGAUGUGAUCUAAUGCAGGGGCACAAAUCUCACCCUGAGCUGAAAGCUACUGAUGGUGACGUUUAUUCCACUGCUUAUUUCACUGAAGCCUAGAUUCAUUUUUCUGUGUCAUAGUCACUAUAUGUGUGACAUGGAAGGAGAAAUAUUCCUCAUCAUCUUUUUACUAUUUAGCCUAGAUCUCAAAGCGAUGAAGUAGUUACUUUCUACUGUCAUGAUGAAGUUACUACAUUUAAAUAUUGAUCUUUUGAUAUGAGAAUUGAUCCUAGAAAGGAAAUGACAGGAAAUGAUAGUGAGGAAUGACAGUGAGGAAUAAGAAAAAACAUUUUAUUUGCAUGCCACUACACUCACCAUAUGAACAUCUGACCAAUCUGAGCCCUUUAUAAAUGGUCCGUUCAUGCAUUCACACCAUUUCCCUGAUCAGAUAAAGCUCCAGCUAGUCAAGCUGUACAAUUAUGUGGCACAAGAUGUGUUCUAAUCACGCAUGACAUAUUUUUCCUCCUUAUUGUGCAGGCCUGAGGUACAUAACCUUGUAAUUCCAAGCUCCUCCUUACCUCUUUGCUGUUUACAGAUAUCACAUUUCAGGGAAAUCUAUCUAAGCCAGUUCAAUGGGACAGUUGACCUGUUUUUAAUCAUGUAACCAUAGAUGGUACAGAUGCGUUAACUUUUAUAUAAAUCAGAGUUCCACUUGUUCGAGAAGAACUCUGCUUUGAAGGGAUUUUAUGUAUGUUCUGUGCCUGUUUUUAUACACCACUGUGGUUUUAUUCAGUGGAGUCACUCGAUAUUUGCUCUAAGGACUGAACAACCCUCAAAAAAAG